AUGGAUCAACUUCUUCGCAACACUGCAGCCCUGGGCUGUGUUUUUAUGCUCCAGCAACAAACUAUGCAACAAGACGCAAUAGUCCUUCAGGUCCUGAGAAAGAGGCUGAGAAAAAGGCGAAGAAGACCACGUAGUUAUUGGGUUCGACCAUGGCUGCAAGCUGAGAGAAGGCUGUUAUAUGGGCACUACACCAGACUCUUGAAUGAACUAAGAAUGGAGGAUACAACGGCAUUUUUCAAUUUCUUGAGAGUUACGCCAGAAUUUUUUGAUGAACUACUCCAGAGACUCGCACCAAGACUCACGAAGGACGAUACCAAUGCCAGGAGAGCCCUUGAACCUGGUCUCAAGUUAGCCUGUACCAUAAGGCACCUUGCAGCUGGCGAUCGGUAUCCGUCACUGUCAUACAGUUUCAGGGUUGCUCGAGAAACCAUUUGCAAGUUUAUCCCCGAAGUCUGUCAAGCCAUAGUGGAUGAGUAUGCUAAUGAAGUGAUCCAGUGUCCCACCACCGAACAAGAAUGGCGUGCAAUUGCUGAAGAAUACGAGAGGCGUUGGAACGUUCCACAUGUAAUGGGGGCACUUGAUGGCAAGCACGUGGCACUCAGGAAACCAGAGAACUCCGGCAGUCUCUACCAUAAUUAUAAACAUUUCUUCUCAUAG